AUGCCAAAAACACCCAGAACCAACACCAUUGAUAAAUUCACCUUCACACGCCCCGGCGACGUUGUCUACGAAUUUCCCAAAUACACCUCCGCCUCCUGCAAAGUCCGCAUCACUCUGCCCCCGGGCAGCACCUGGACCUCAGGCCCACACUGGCACGAAAAGCGCGUCGAAUACUUCCGCGUCGUGCAAGGCGCCGCCUGGUUCACUCUCAACGGGGAAUACAAAGUCUAUCGGCCGUCCGACGGCAACGUGCCGAUCCCAUUAUUCACAGUCCACGAAUGGGGUCGGGCUCCCGAGCAAGAAGAGGGGGACUUAAUCGUCGAUGAGUGGACGGCACCGGCCGAUUCGUUCAAGAUUGCGUUUUUCCGUAACUUGAAUAGUGUCAUUCUGGAUGAAACGAGUGAUGGGAAGACACCCCCGAGGAUGUUUGCCACGUCAAGCUUGGACGUGGGAUGA